UUAUCACAAUCUGUAGCUUAAGUUCAGGGGGAGCAGCAGCGUUAAGUCCUUCAGAGUGAGCGAAAAGACGAGGGGGAAGGAGUCGGCAUGGCCCAGAAAAAUAACUUUCAGUUCUCCAUCAGGGAAUAUAGACCCUCAGAUGAACAUGUGGUCAUGUCGCUGUUUCGCAACGGGAUACAGGAACAUGUAUACCCGGCUUUCUUCAAGGCCUUGAGCCACCCAGACCAUGUUGGCAUUGCUCUGAGCAUUUCUGUGGCAGGCUAUGUGCUGGGAGGCAGCUCCUACUUCCAAGCUUUACUCUUUGGCAGUGCAUGGGCUGGCCUCCUUUAUUACUGCUGCCACGAAAUCUACGAAGGCUACAUGACGAGGAGGCUGAGCGCAGACAUGGCUGACAUUCCAGCCAACUACCUGGAAAACCCAGAUAACGGCUUCUGGGUGGCAGAGGCAGACGUCAACGGAGAGUCGAAGGUGGUGGGGAUGGUGGCGGUGACGGGGAAAAGUGGAGGGGAGGAGGAUGAGAGGUUUGAUGACAGGAAUGGAGGAGCAAUGGGAGGAGGAGGUGCAGAGUUUGCCCAAGAUGCCGGUGAUGGGAGUUAUGGCGAGAUGUCCCACAUGGUUGUGGCCUUUUCAUGGCGCCGCAAAAGCCUGGGUUUACAGCUGACGAGGAAGGCUCUUGAUUUCUGCAAAGAGCGGGGAUACGCCCGUCUGGUCCUGGAUGUCAGCUCGCCACAGACGACGGCCAUCUCCCUGUACCAAAAAUGUGGCUUUGUUCAAACAGCAUCCCAUAAUAACACACACGCUAAUCGCUUGUUCUCCAAACUGGCCAGAAUAAAUGUGAUGCGAAUGGAAAAGUUCAUUUGAUGGACUUUAGACCUCAGCACCUGAUACAACCUCAACUGUACAUUAAAGCAGGAUUUAUACUUGUGCGUCAGCUCUAUGCAAAACCUACGCUGUAGCCUACGCUGUUGUGAUCAUUUAUACUUGAGCGGUGGUGUGUCUGUGUCACUCUGCAGUUACACCUUCAAAACACUAGUCAGUGGCAGGGUUUAUGUGAAGUGCUGUAAAGUUUAGCAGAUUCAAAACACACAUUAAACACACAUUAAACAUGGCUUAAUAGAGACAAUUUCAAACACAAGUACACAAAUCAGCUUCACUAUAACUCGCAGCAUUCACAGACAAACACUUGUCUUUAUCUGGACACAUUUUCCCCACAAAUACAACAUGCUAAUGUUAUUAGCACAAGCCUAUGGCAUUUUUCACUGUAUAAAUUAGCCUAGCAGCUAGCAGACUUUUCCUCUACUCAUAUGAAGCCAGGGACAACAGCAACAUUUAACAAAGGUAACAUUACAAAAUUCAGCUCCAUUACAGCUCACAAGGUUCACUGACAAAACAACUGUCUUAUACUAAACAUGUUUUCCAAGCAUGCUAAAGUCAUUAGCACAAGCCUAUGGCAUUUUACAUUGUAUAAAUUAGCCUAGCAACUAGCAGAGAUUUCCUCUGCUCCUAUGAAGCCAGGAUAAAUCACACACAAGACUUAAAAUGCUAUUUUUGUGGAGGCUUUAUUGUCUUCUCAAUUUAUUGUUUCUUAUCUGUGAGAUAAAAGUAAAUAAAAGCUUUGUUUCCACUGAGGGAAAUGGUUUCAGCUUACAGAAAUAAACAGGACCGCACCACAAUGUGUAGUUACAUUUCUGGGGAGGUGUACGUCAGGCUACGGUGUAAGGUACGGUGUAGGAUGACGAAGAGCCCACACCGUAGGUACAGCGUUGAUUUGACGCGGAAGUAUAAAUCCCGCAUAAAAAUGAGACCGCCCUCCUUCAAAAUAUGACCACAUAGGUCGUUUUUACAAGCAGAAAUUACAACCCAUAUUUACAUUUUUUGUUAGGUGGCAACCUCGAGUGGUGGUGGUAAUUAUUGUAGGAGCAAAAAUUCAGGGGUAAUAUAGAGAGUGACAAAGUCCGCUUUGGGCUGGAGGGAGGGGAUGGAUCAAACAAGCACAGGACUUUUAUCAGGAGACCAGUGUUUGUGUCCCAUGUGAAACCAAACGUCAACGUUGACUGAUUUUAACAAACACACAGUGUUGUAUGUGACAUAUGUCAUGAGAUACGUCAUGUUAUGUUACCGUAGGUUUUUUUUUUUUUUUUUUUUAAAACCUUACCAUGUAAUUUUGGUGCAAGGUGAGCCUUUCACGGUAAAACCACAUUUUUACAACUAUCAUUGAUAUACGAGCUAUUCUGUCGUCCACUGUUAGGGACACUAAUUUAGGAAACGCUCCUGUGGGUUGUAUUCAGAGGUAGGAACGUACAGCCUAUGUGGUCACACGGGUUGGAGGACUUGUUAUGUAUCUGUUAAUUUAUGCUUCUUGUCUCAUUUAAUGCAGAAAUCUCUUUGUUGUGUCAUACUCAGUCACUCAUAUUUCCAGCUCACGGUAGUUUGAAAAAGAUACAUUAAAUUUCAUGUUUUUCCACAGAG